CGUGUUGAGUUCAAAAGUUCAGUGACCUUUAACCUUGCAAAAUGUGUGCGGAUUUUGCAGAGGACAAGGCGCGGGUGCUUGGCGGAGUAGACCUGAGCAGGAAAGGUAGUGUGGACGCCGCCAUCUUGCCUCUGGUGGGCUACUUAAACCGCCUGGACUGUUACUACUCCACCAGCUCAUGCUCUGGACGACUAGUGCUCUUUGCAGAGGUUGGCUUUCUCACGCGCACGCGCAAAUUGAGCCCCGCCCAUUCAGUUUGCGCGUGCGUGUGUGGAAGCACGUAGGGCACCUCUUCACCAACUGUAGGGCGAAGAGCAGAGAAAGAAAGGUUGCAGCUGGCUGCUGGUAUCACAUGAUCCUCUGGAACCAGCCCAGCUGGAGGAGGCACUGAGGUGUGAAAGACUAGGAGAACACACAGGAUAUGUCUACUUCAAGUUUGAGCCUUUUGUGCUGCAUGUGAUGUGUGCCACCCUCUCUGAUGCAAGACUCAUGCUGCAGACGGCGGUUGCGUCUGGGUUUCGUAACUCAGGUCUGUCGUGUGGGAAGAAGGAGAGGUGGAUGGUUGCAGUUAGUCCGCAGCACACACUCGCUGGAGGUGCCGCUGGCCCACGACAAUACACUCCUCACUACCACUGAGUACCGCAGACAUGUUGUGGAUAUUGGGAAUGCCAAACUGAGGGAAAACUUGCAGAGAGUUGACAGGUUCCACAGGGAGUUGACUGGUGCAAUAGAGAGGAGAGACCGUGAUAUCAACAUAGAGAAGAAGAUCAAGUCUUACACCGGUAGACGAAAAACGACCAAACCAAGUGAUUCACCUCAGCCAUCUCAGCUCAUAGAAAAUGAAAGUGACACUGACGACGAAAUAGCAACUCUAUUUAGCUAGUAAUUAUACUCAAAUUUAUGAAACAGUGCCAACAUGAC